GUCAAGAUGUAAUCCUAAUAAGAGAUCAGUCGUGAGCUCUUAUAAGAAGAGCUCACCGUGGAUUAGUCUCGAUCAAUCAAUCGAUCGAGGAUACCACGUAAAACUUUUGUGUUCUGUGUUUGUUUCAAUUCCGCAUCAUCAAAUUCUUCACUCAUCCUCGCCGAUCGCCAUGCCAGCCUCUUUACCUUCUCUCCGAAGAUCUUCAUACUCACUCCGUCAAAUCUCCGGUCUUCAUUAUCGCCAACUCUCCAGCUCUCCUGCGCCGUCCUCCUCCGUGUCUACGCUGAGUUUGGCCGACACCGCUGGUUCCGGCUCUUCCUCUAACUCUCCGCUUAACGAGAAUCCAGGGAAUAGAUCCCUGCUCAAGUGGAUUUCCGCCGCCGCAUCCGCCGUAAGUUUCGGCGGAUUAUUCUACUUGUCACCGCCUCUUGAUCCCGAUCACACCGAUUUUCAUCUCUUAAAGACGCAGCUGUCGUCCCUCUUUGACCGGUCAGCUGCUGUCGCGUGCGGCGAUGAAACUCUAACUACUUCCGUCGGCGAUUGUCGUCCAAAAUCCUCCUUGUUUCAUAAACUUUCUUUACCGGAGUAUAAAUCGAAAUUCCUCGUCGGAGAUUCGUACAGGAGAAAGGUUUUCUUCAAGUACGAGAAACGAAUAAGGCUGCGGAGUCCGCCGGAGAAGGUGUUCGAGUACUUCGCGUCGCACAAAGCUCCGAAUGGAGAACUGUUCAUGACGGCGGAUGAUUUGAUGCGAGCAGUUGUUCCCGUUUUCCCUCCAUCCGAAUCCAACCUAAUUAGAGAAGGCUAUUUGACAGGGGAAAGGAGCCCCGGGGAAUUGCGCUGUGCUCCUUCUGAGUUCUUCAUGCUUUUUGAUGUGAACAAUGAUGGCCUUAUCUCUUUCAAAGAGUAUAUAUUCUUCGUAACGCUGCUCAGUAUUCCAGAAUCGAGUUUCUCUGUGGCGUUCAAGAUGUUCGACAUUGACAACAGCGGGGAGAUUGACGAGGAAGAGUUUAAGAAAGUGAUGGCAUUGAUGCGAGCUCAUAACAGGCAAGGAGCAGUACAUAGGGAUGGACUAAGGACAGGGUUUAAGGUUAGUGGUUGUGUGGAGAACGGAGGUUUGGUGGACUACUUCUUUGGCAGUGAUGGAACUAAACUGCUCCAAUGUGAUAACUUUAUGCAAUUCAUGACGAAUUUACAGGAUGAGAUAUUGAGACUGGAGUUUGCUCACUAUGACUACAAAUCACGAGGGACCUUAUUGGCCAAGGAUUUUGCAUUUUCCAUGGUGGCUUCUGCUGACUUGGGCCAUUUAGACAAGUUACUUGGUCGGGUGGAGGAUUUAGACAAUGACGUGAACCUUCGGGAGAUGCAAAUAACUUUCGAGGAAUUCAAAAACUUUGUGGAGUUGCGUAAGCAGCUAAGGCCAUUCUCUUUGGCUCUUUUCAGUUACGGGAAAGUAAAUGGCCUUCUAACCAAGGAGGAUUUCCAACGAGCUUCGUCUCAGGUUUGCAACAUUCCACUAUCUGAUAAUGUGGUCGAUAUCAUAUUCCAUGUGUUUGACAUUGACCGUGAUGGGCAUCUAUGCUCAAAGGAGUUUGUAAGAGUACUGCACAGACGCGAAAGGGACAUUGCUCACCCCAUGGAAACGGGAAUGAUGGGACUUCUAUCGUGCUUAUUCGAACGGUCCCCUAACUCUUUUGAACGUCUGGUUUCUUAACUUUGAUUUUAUGAUAAUUCUUGAAGCCUUGGGGGUGAACGUCUUACUCUUACAGGUGAGGUUAGGCUUUUUUCAUUUCCUUUUCGAACUUAGCGGUUUAUCUACUAGAGUGAAUUUUAUGGUAGUAGAAUGUAUAAGAGCAGGAUCCAAACUAGUUCCUCAUGCGGACAGAGUUGCUAACUAACAUGCCACUGAUCGAGUAGGAGUUGCUGGCCGUGGGCUGCGUGACUCAGCUGCUGAUCCUCACAUAUUGUCUAACUAAAGCUGUUGUACUCUACAAUAUAUUUGUGUAAUAAACUGUAAUUGUAGUAUUGUGCACUUGAAUUGUGCACUUUGUACUUACAACUAGUUUCACGUUUACGUGCACCCGUUACCUUUACCUUCCUCGCAAUAUUGGCACUGUUCUUUGCAGAGCGCAGUCAAUUGUAUGUUGUAGGCAAGGUAAUGAGCUAGAUUUCUUUAACAGAUUGACCCUCCUUCAUCUGCAGUACUUCGAAGUCUCUUCUCGAUGACUGAACUUGAGCCCUCUGGACUGUAGCACUAGUGCACUACACUUAACUUGUUCUUGAUAGAGUCUCUUAGUUCUUUAACGGUUGCUUUUUCUCCUUGACCUCGAACAGGUUUUUCAUCAGCAAACUCCAAUAAUCGUAAUAAUCUUUAUCGAAAUUCGACACACAAACUCGAGCAAACUACUCGAAUCACUCAUUUUCACCGCUCUUAAAAUCAAAAGCUCACAGCUGGAUUUUCCUAGCAGGCAACCACUAUCUCUCUCAUGUCACAAACGAUGAAAUCUCACAAACUGCUGCUGGCGUUCCCACCCCGAAAUUUGCACUCACCGUAGUUAACUUAGGGGUAGUUAACUUAGGGGUCGUUUGGAAGUUGUGAUUGUUAAAUAGAUGUAUUGUUGAGAAUGCAUGUAUAAUAUUAUACAUGUAUUGUCGAAUUUGAUGCAUUGUAAAAUACAACGUUUGGUAUGUGUGAUUGUGUAUGUCGCAUAAGCUAAAAGCUGAGACAAAACAAUCUCAACUCAACUAUCUCAACAAUCACAACUAAAAGUUGAGAUAUAACAAUGGCAAAAUACACUUGUAUAGCCAUAACUUUUACGUUUGUGACGAAUUUUAAAUGAUCGAUGACAAAUCUAACCACUUCCGUCAUAAACUUUAACGACGUUAGUAACUCCGUUAGUACCAUUAACUUGAUGCUGAUGUGGAUGCCAUCUCGACUCAUACAUCAGCUCCAACAAGACACGUCAUGCCACCCGGACGCCACAUCAUAAUAAAACAUUAUUUUUUAGAUUUUAGAAUAAUAAUUUAUUUUAUUCUUAUUAUUCUUAUAUGCUCAUACACAUUUUCCUCCAUCCUAACAAGAUUAUUCCCGAGAACCUCUGCCACCAGCAACUUCGACCACCACGCCGCCCUAUCCCUUCGAUUCCCCACCGGACUCCUCUUCCCCAUGGAUCCAAAAAAAAAUAUUUUCUCUCCCAAAUUUUUAUCAGUCGCUGCAACGAAGGGAACUAACCAUCUCCAAUAUGUUACCUUCACCGGAGACCAUCCUUGCUCAGCAUUUAAAGAAGAGGCGCACGAAGCAGCAGUGGUAGGGGGAGCCGGCGGGAGACUCAAACAGUCGCUCCCCUGUUGGCGGAGCUUGAACAAGUCUCGCUGAGUCCCUUAAAUUGAGCUCAGUGCGACGUAACUCAAACAAGGUGGUAUCCCUUACCCAACUCCGCCGGCGGCUGUGAAGACCAAGAUCAAGUAAGCACAAAGGUGAUAACUUAAUCUCCGGACCAAAUCGUGAAUGCUCAGGGGAUCACAGUCGCUCUACUCCAGGCCGACAAAGAAGAAACAGUGGUCGGAGGAAGAGAAUCAGGCUCUCCUCUUUGAUCGAGGCCGGCUGCGGCGGGAUAGAUCUAAUUUGGGGGAGAAAAUUGGGAGGAAAUUGGAUCUGACUCAGAACUCAGCAGGACUCGUAUUUUGGAGACUGGUAUUUAUAAGCUAAUUCUGUGGAAGAAGAUGGAAGGCGAAAGGGGUGGGAGGCGACGUUUGAAGAUGGAUCUGUAGGAAGUUAGGGAUUUGGUGGGUUUUGACUAAGUUAGAUUUUUUGUCGAAGAAGAAGGAUAUGGAGUUAGGUUGAAGAAGAGGGUUUAACAUUGUCGUCAUCUUUUAUGAGCUGGAAGAAUAAGAUGGAAUUGCAUCC